GUGAGAUGGGGAAGGGAGAAGAAGAAGCCGGAGCGGGACCUCAGCGCGCGCGCUCUCUCUUUCUGCCGCCUUCACCUGCCGAGGCGCUCACCUGGGCCCCCUUCGGCCCGUCGGAGUGGAGGGACUGCUGCUAGCGCAUGCGCGGCACUUCGCCCGCCCCGGCGCCUUCAUGAAUGGGUAACAAAACAAAACAAAAAGGGACGGAGGGUGUGGCUGGAAGAGGUUUUGAAAAAGAGGGGAAGUGUGUGAGUUGAGGGGAGGCUGCCCUCUAGUAAUCCCGUGGUUUUGAGGGGGGAAAGUGAAUCUUCCUGAGGGGUGGGGUUGGGGUUGGGUGGAAUCCCUCAGGAAAACAGCAAAAGGGCGCUCUUCAAAAUGGGUUGAAUUUCCAAAUCUCCUUCAUCAUCAUCACCAUCACCACCACCACUUUUAAUUUGUAUACCGUCUUUCUAUCUUACAAUACCCUAGGGGGUUUACAAGCUGAAGAAACAAAGAAUUGUACGCCUUAUAACAAUCUAAUGCAAUACAAAAACGUGACAAUAAAACAUAACUUUAAAAUACGCAACCUACAUCAAAUAAUAUAGAAUAAUAUUAAAUAUCAGCGUAUAAAAAUUAACAGAAAUCCACUUAAGAAGUACAAUAGUUUCUAAACUACAAUCGAUAAAACAACGGCAAGCCACAGUGCAUAAAAGAAUACAAUACAAAUUGAGAAGCAGAGACUGGAGGGUGGGACAAGGCAGGUUCAGUGGCUCUGAAAUGCCUCUAGGCCUGAUGAUGGUGAUGGGUAUAAUACCCUGCCCAUCUCACUGUGUUGCCCCAGUCACUCUGGGCGGCUUUCCAACACAUAAAAAACAUAAUGAUGGGGCAUACCCCUAAACAUUUUGUGAACGUUUUGCUUGGCCUCAUUGAGGGGCAGUAUUUCAAUAUGAGUAGCAAAAUGAGAGUAUCCCUAAACAUUUUUAAAGGGAAAAAAGCACUGAAUAAAACAUUCAGAUGUUUUGGUUUUGGGAUGCUACAUGCACCCUGAAUCCAGAACUUGGGGUCACUGGCGGAGGAAGAGGAGUGCGGGGGGGGGGGGAAGCACACCACCCCUGGCAGCGUGAUCCCAGCAGGGUGCCAUCGCAGUUGGGCGCCCCCCCCGCUGGGCACCACGCCCCCAGAUGCGUGCCACGCCCCUGCGGGCGGCCAGCCCCCCCUGUUCUCCGCCUCCCCCCCUGGUGCUGGAGCAUGAAGCUCCGCCACUGCUUGGGGUGGGUGGGCAGAAGAAGGGUUCUGGUGUUUGAAGAAAAAAAAUAAGGGGGGGGGCAUAAAUUCUAACCAUGGCACUUCUCUGCUCGUUGUAGCUUUAAAAACUAAAAUUAAGACCAUUUAUAAACUGCCGAUGCAUUAAAACUAUAGUGGCAGUGUGCAAUAAGAUCAUUUGCAUGUAAGAUGUUUCCUAAAAACACAUGCUCACCUCAGAGGGAGAGACAAUUAUAUAUGUAUGUAUUUUCUCAUAACUACGCCCCAAAUAAUUGUGCACUUAGGGUGAUGCUGUCAAGGGUGUGCCUUUAGGAGGUGCUCUGUGGUGACUGGUUGCACAGGUCUUUUUCGGUUCUUAUUUUGCAUUUUUAAUAGCUACAACUGGCUCGGGUUGUUUAUUUUGUCAAAAUGUUUCUAUUCCAGAGUACAUAAGUUGGCUAACAAAACACAAACAAUUUAAGUUGCAUUUGUUGCUCCAAAUCCCUGUCAUUCUCUCUCUAUUAAAUGCAUGAGUUGCAAAAUGGAAAUGGGUGUUUUGCACACUGGUACCGGCUUUGCUGUGGGAUAAAUGGGCAACCUAGUUAUUUCCUUUAGCCAUCGUUUUAAAGAUCUGGGUAAAUGUGCAUUCCUGUGUGGGCGUUGUGAAGUGGGAAGUACAUAGCUUCCUAAAGAAUUUAAAAGAAUAAAAUUAAAGGAUUGUACAGAGGGCAGAAAUUGCCGACAAGAUUCAGCAGGUGCUCAUGAUAUCCAUGCAGCCAUAGUCCACAGAGCAAUGAUAAUAGCAAUGAAUUCUGUGCCUGUAGGAAGAACUAUAUUUUCCCAAAUACAAAACUAAUUUACACAGGGGUUAUGUUUCGAGGCACUGUACGCGCCAGUGAAAUUGUGUAUAUUUGAAGCACCAUUGGAAAAACCUGCAAACACACCCAUGAAACCUCUGUAAACCCUUUAAAAAGCCAGCAGUGCUUACCCAAUGCCAAACUCCACCACAAUUGUUCCCUACAAACCUUCUCAAACUCCACAGGCCUCAAUGGUCAGCGCAAGGGCUCCUAGGAUUCCUCUUACAAGGCUCCUGGGAUAGAUAGGCGCUGUUUUCACUCCUUUUUCCCAUUUCUGGGCUCUUCUAGAGCCGUUUUUGCAAUUAUUAAAUCCACUUCUGGUUCGGCAUGAUGUUUGUGUGUACACCUGUGCAUCAGUUGGACACUCAUAAAUAACUGGAAGAUUCCCUAGAAUAUUCUGAAUGGAGAAAUCCAACAGAGCUUAGGGACAUUGACACACUCCCACCCACUCCCCAAGCACAGCUGGAUCUUAAGUUGUUUGUAAGAGACAACUUCAUUUUUGAGACAGAGUCUGCAUAUACACCAUACAUUUAAAGCACAUGACUGCCCCCAAAUAAUUAUGGGAGCUGUAGUUUACCACCUCACAUAGCUACAGUUCCCAGCAUGCUUAACAAACUGCAGUUGCCAGGAUUAUUUGGGGAAAGUCAGGUGCUUUAAAUGUAUGGUGUGAACAUAGGCCAAGAUAGAGAGGCAGACAGCUACCAGAAGGCUGAAAGACAUAAGAUGAUGGAACGCCUCUCUAGGGAUCUGAUGGGGCAGUGUUUCUUAAGUUAAACAAAUAUUACAGAAACACCAUAAGCCCUCUCUAUCAAAGGAAGCCAAACCCUGAUAGCCGGUGCCCUUGGAAAUCCCCACGACCCACGCAAAUAGAGAGAGUGUAACAGAAAAUUAAUUUAGAAAACUUGGAUGCCCUGCCCUCAUUUUGUUUCCUUUAAAUGGCCUUCGUAAAAUUUUUAUUGCUGGUGGUGUUAGAUUAGAAUUGGGCUCACGCUAUACUUCUGCUACCUGUUGCUACUGGUUCCUCGUUUGUUACAAACCUACAGUGACUUUUCUGAUCACUCAUUUGUUUAUUGCCAUCACCAGCAUUUGCAUCAAAAAUCAGACAAAUUGAAAAGCAUGUAAGCAUAUGUGAUGACGAAGAUGCAGGUUUCCUACGGAAGAAGAAAAUCAAUUUUCUAGGAUCCGGGUUUGCUGAAGGAAGCACAAUGACCUUUCAUCACAUCAGCUACAGAGUGCAUUUGAAGACUGGCCACUACGGCUUUCGAAAAGUGGUUAAAAAAGAUAUCUUGACGGAUGUCAGGUAUGCUUAAUUGCCAUUGCUUACUUAUUCUGGGGUGCAAUUCCUGCUUCUUCCAUGUACGGAAAGCAAGGUGGGGAGUGGCUUCACUGGAGGGAAAGUUGCUGCAGCUCAUUGGUAGAGCAUCUACUUUGCAUUCAGAAGGUUUCAGGUUCAAACCCUGGCAUCUCCAGGUAGGGUUGGGAAUGAUUCCCCACCUGAAGCCCUAGUGAGCUACUACUACCAGUCGACAUAGACAAUACAGUGGUACCUCAGGUUACAGACGCUUCAGGUUACAGACGCUUCAGAUUACAGACUCCGCUAACCCAGAAAUGGUACCUCGGGUUAAGAACUUUGCUUCAGGAUGAGAACAGAAAUCGUGCUCUGGCGGCGCGGCAGCAGCAGGAGGCCCCAUUAGCUAAAGUGGUGCUUCAGGUUAAGAACAGUUUCAGGUUAAGAACGGACCUCCAGAACGAAUUAAGUUCUUAACCCGAGGUACCACUGUACUGAGCAAAUGGAUCCACAGUAUCAUGUGGUAUGGAGGCAGCGUUCUAUGUUCCUUAUGAGUCCUUUCCUGCCCCUGGUAUUGUUUUACGUGCGUUCUACUCUGCAGCUGGAAUACUCAUUGUCAAGAGAUGCCCUUCUGAACCCAUCUCUCUCUGUUACAGAGGCCAGGCUGGUUUCACCUAGAGGCAGUGGUUUUUUUCUUCUUCUAAAAAAAUGUUUAGGGAUACUCUCAUUUUCCUACUCAUAUUGAAAUACUGCCCCUCAAUUAGGCCAAACUUAGAUUCACAAAAUGUUUAGGGGUAUGCGUACCCCCUGCAUACCCCCAGGAAAAAAACCACUGCCUAGAGGGUUUCCCAAACUUGGGUCUGCAGCUGCUUUUGGACUACAACUCCCAUCGUCCCUAGCUAGGAACCUUUUAGGCCCCUCCAUGAACAAAAGGAUCCCAUCCGUUAAGAAUAGGGACAGUCUGGAUCUAACCCAUAUAGAGAAACUAAACCCAAAUGUAAGAUGAAUAUUAAUGGCAUAUAACCCAUAAUCUUGUAGAAAAGGAGUAAGGAACCUGUCACCUACCAGAUGUUGCUAAAUUGCAACUCCCAUCAUCCCUGACUGUUGGUCAUGCUGGCUAAGGCUGAUGAAAGUUGCAGGAUAUUUCCUGUUGUAGAACAUUUUCUGCCUCUUGUACACUGAUAUUUAAAGGGGUGGGGGGAAAGAUGCUUAGUUUUCAAAUUAUGAAGAAAGUACUCAUUUUCAAACUAUGAAGAAAGAACUAGUUUAUUUUUGUGCAAAAGCGAACAAUUUUAUCAAAGAUGUCAUUUUAUUGGAAUGGCUUUACACAUUAAACAACUGACUACUGACAAAUUGCUUUUCGUUUACAGUGGUGUCAUGAAACCUGGUCUCAAUGCAAUCUUAGGACCUACAGGCUGCGGCAAAUCUUCGUAAGUGUUAACAUAUGGGUAAAGAUCUAUCUUCUGAUAAUAUUAAACGUAACAUUGUUACAGGUUUUUUUUUACAUUCACAACCAGUAAGUGAGGUUCUGCAAUGAACGUGCAUAUUUGAUCAGAACAAAAUGGCAUCAGUCAAAACCAGAAAAGUGCAAGGUAAAAAGAUUCAGUAUGGUGUGCAGAAAAUGGGUAAAAAGAAGUGUUUUUUCCUCCUCUUAUAAUACCAUAACUUGGGUUAUCCAACAUGGCUGGAUAUUGAAAAAUGCAGGGCAGAUAAAAGGAAGAUCUGCUGCACACAGCACAUAGUUCAACUCUGGAAUUUUCAACCACAGGGUGCAUUGAUGGUAACCCAACUUGGAUAGCUUUAAAAGGGGAUUAAGCAAAUUCAUAAAAAGAUAAUGCUAGACUAAUAAUGGAGAUGGCAGGACUUUGAAUGCCAGUUGCAGGGGAACAUGAGUAGGGAGUGUGGUUGUGCUCAUGUCUUGCUUGAGCAUAUCUGGUCGGCUAGCAUGAGAAGAGGCACCAAAUUGCCCCCAAGAUUGAGGGGGUCUGAUGCGUAACUCGCAUGUGUGACAUCACAUGUGUGACGUCACACUGUCCGGAGAAUGGUGAGCACUCUGGAGGAGCUGGCCACUGAAGCUGUGCUGCUCUCAGCUCCACAGUCAGCCUCCUCCGCCCCCUCAACAUUGAGGGGGCCCGACUCCCUUCCAACAAGUAUUGAGGGGGCAAAAGAUAUCUUGGCCCCCUAGAGUUAGUGUACCUGGCUAGACAUGUUUUUGGUGUGAUCCAGCAGGGCUGCUCUUAAGUUUGCAACAGUAUGAUCUUCAGAUGUUGGCACAAGUAACUUUUCUUGAGUCCUUUUGGUUUUCCUUAUAGGCUCCUGGACAUUUUAGCUACAAGGAAAAAUCCUAAAGGCCUGACAGGAGACAUUUUGAUCAAUGGCUUCCCUUUGCCUCCAAAUUUUAAAUGCAUUUCCGGAUAUGUAGUUCAGGUAAAUAAAGUCUGUAGUGGAUCUUUUAUCGCGGUACAUGUGUGAUAGCUAUUAUUCUAUUUAGACAAAUGAUUUUUAUGAUACUUCAUGUGUUGAUUGUCUGCCAGUGCAAUAGCAGGAUGCCAGUGCUAUCAGUGUCUCCUUUUCUGUGCAUGAUUACUGUUAAUCAUGUAAAUCCACUCACCUUCUCUGGUGGGCACCAUUGCGUGCCAGCAUUCCCCACCCACCCCGCCUGCUGGAUCCCACCCAUGGAUCCCACCCAUCUGCUCAGUCAGAGAAUCGUGAGUGGGCAUGGGGGGUGAGCCACCAGGCAGCAGGCUCAGCCACCCCCGGCAUAUAGCGGAGGCUGCAAAGCUAGAGUUUUCUCUUGCACUGGCUGUUUCCCAACUGAUUUCAUUCUAGCUUGUACCUGGACAUAUGGAGAGGGCCAUAGCUAUUAGCCACCUGUCAUCAAUGCUCAUUAAAUAAUCAUCUUCUGAGCAGGCAACUUCAGCCAGCUCUGGUAAUGUCAACUGACCUUCAGUGCCCUUUAGCGAUCAAUCAAUACAUAAAACAAAAAAUAGCAGCCUCUUCUCUUGACCCAGCACAGUAGCACUUUCUUUACUACGUUAAUGCAUACAGUGGUACCUCGUUUUACAAGCAGCCCUGUUAACAAACUAUUUAGUUUAUGAACUCCGCAAAACCAGAAGUAGUGUUCCGGUUUGUGAACUUUACCUCGGUCUACGAACGGAAGCCGAAUGGUGGAAGGGCACCGGUGGUGGGAGGCCUCAUUAGGGAAAGCGUGCCUCAGUUUAAGAAUGGAUUUGGUUAAAGAACAGACUUCAGGAAUGGAUUAAGUUUGUAAACCGAGGUACCAUUGUAUUAACAAUUGUGCAGUAGUGAUUAAACCUAGUAUAAUGUUCAAUUGAAAACUUUUUUUUAAUCAAUAAGGAUGACAUAGUGAUGGGAACAUUGACAGUCAGAGAAAAUUUAGAGUUCUCAGCGGCCCUUCGGCUACCAUUGUCUAUGAGCAAAAAGGAAAAGCAAGAGAGAGUGGAAACUGUUCUCAAGGAUCUGGAUUUGUCUAAAGUUGCAGACUCCAAGGUAUCUGUGUAGUGGCAUUUAAUACAACCAAACAUUAAUUGUUAAUGUCAGAACUUGUGUUAUAAAUACUGGCAGAUUAUGCAGCCCUUCUGGCCAUCUGCCAUAGAGGCUUUAGUCGAUUCCUGCAUUGCAGGGGGCUGGACUGGAUGACUCUUGGGACCCAACUCUACAAUUCCAUGAUUCUCCCCACCUACCUCUGCAGGGAGUCUAAGUGCCCAUUGUUUGCUACUUGAUCAUGAGACUAUCUCAGCCCCUUUCUUAUGGGAUGCCGGUAGCACGGGAGCUAUUGCAGCACAUCUCCCUUCUAUGUCACUGGAGUAAGCUGAGGAGCCCUGGGCUGGGGAGAGAAGCCUCACCACUUUGGCAUUGUCCCAUUGUGGAGAUGGGAAGCCCCAGCCCUGGUGACCAAAUGCAGCCCUGCAGAUUGCUCUGUCUGGUCUUUGGGGCUCUCCCAGGCCCCGCCCCCUCUUUGGACCACACACUCUCACCAGUCCUGCACCAUGCCUUCCUCAAGUGCUAGAAUGUGUCUUUGAACUAUACUCAUGCCUCUGGCUUGCCUGCCUGGAUGGAUGGAUGGAAGAUAGAGAGGAUGAGUGUGUAUAGAAAACCUUAGGCUUUUGCUGGAAGGUAGCAUAGAGUACAAAGAUAAAAGACCCAGAGUGGGUUACAUUGAAAUCAAACACAUAAUACCAAGGUUGACUGGUCUAUAACAGCAACUAGUUUCCCUACCCUCCCUCUGACCAGAGUUUGAGCAGCAGUGCGGGGAGAGAGAGAGAGAGAGAGAGAGAGAGAGAGAGAGAAAGAAAGAAAGAGAGAAAGAAAGGGUUAUGGGUUGAGUUCCAGAAAGACCUGUGGCUUGGAAAUGGAGGUGUUAUAAACAAGAGUGGACUUUGGUAAAAUGGUGCCCCGAGUAAGAACAAAAUUUGACCCCCCCCUUGAAUAUCUCUUAUUUUCACGCCACCUCCCUCUUGCCUUCUGUUCUGUGCAUACUCUCAAGCGCAAUAUGUCAUAGUUGUGUCAUAUUUUGUGCCCCCUUGGCUCAGAGCCCCAAGAGAGGAACUGCCCUAAAAAAGCUGCUGGUUGUAAGAGAGGUACCUGAAAGAUAGGGGUGAUGAAAUCUUAUGGGGGGGGGAGAGAGAGAGAAGUCCAGAGAUUUUUCCUGUGUGCUAACUGAAACAUUUUCAUAGUUUUGAGGAUCCUCAUUUUGAAACUUCAUUUCCUGUACCUAGAUUGGCACCCAUUUUAUCCGUGGAGUUUCCGGGGGAGAGAGGAAAAGAACCAGCAUUGGACUAGAGCUCAUUACACACCCUACAGUAUUGUUCUUAGAUGAGCCGACAACUGGACUGGAUGCCAGCACAGCCAAUGCCGUCCUGCUUCUCUUAAAAAAGUAAAUUGUGCUAGAUUCUUGGAGACUGCACCUUAUGGCUAAUGAUGUACUCUCUAGAUUGAAGCAAGAGACAGACAGACGGGGGUGGGUGGGUGAAAACCUGUGCCAUGGCUGGAAUAUUGACAGUCUGAUGUUCCUUGGCCUGGUUUGUUUUUCAACAAGGCAAUUAUUUUUAAAGACAGCAUUCCUUUUUUUUUGGUUUUUUUGUCACAGCUUUUAUAUUCACUCUCUUAUGCAAUAGUUUCCCCAUGCCUCCAACUCUGGUACGAUCCCACAAGACAGCACUUACAUUAUGGUUAUGUUGUGAGUUGUGUGACAUGCUAAGUGGAUAUGGGUAAAUGAAGAGGGGUUGAGUUAGAAGACUAUCAGUUUUGGUAAUAAUUUUGCUUACAGUGCUGCUUAAUGCAAGAGCCCAGUGUUGUUAUCUAAAGUUAUGUCCAUUUGUGUUGUGAAUGGUUUGGAACAUUAAAACAACAGGUAAUUACAGUAGUUGACGGUCUUUCGUGUGUUGCAUUCAGGAUGGCGGUACAAGGGAGAACAAUAAUUUUCUCAAUCCAUCAGCCCCGGUACUCUAUUUACAAAUUGUUUGACAGCCUGACGCUACUUGCUGCUGGAAGACUUCUUUAUCAUGGCCCGUGUGAAAAUGCUCUUCCAUACUUCAAAGGUCUUGGUCUCUAACAUGUUGUUCCUCAUUGUCCGAAUAAAUUAAGACGUCGUCCAAGAAGGCUACGCAGUUCUUGUACAGCAGAGACCCCAACACGUGGUGCAUGAAAGCUUGAAAACAGGCGGAGCCCGACUGUAAUCCAAAAGGCAUAACUAAGUACUCAAAGGCACCUAGGGGUGUGAACAUUGUGGUCUUCCAUUCGUCCCCUCCCUCAUCCUGAUCAAAUUGUAUGCGCCCUGAGGUCCAGCUUGGUAAAAAUUUUGCCUUUCCUCACUCGCGUUAAAAUGUCGUCAAUCCUGGGCAUUGGGAAGGUCACGGGUUCUGACACCAAAUUGACAGCUCUAUAGUCCACUACGAGCCUGGGUUUAUUUGUGUCCUUUUGUCCACAAAGAACACCGGACUGCCCCCUACUGCCUUUGAUUCUCUUAUGAAGCCUCUUUUCAGGUUCUUGUCGAUAAAUUCUCGCAACUCCUUCAUCUCCCUGUCUGACAUGGCGUACAGCUUACCCACUGGCAGCUGAGCCCCCGGAAGCAAGUUGAUUUGGCAGUCAAAGGGCCUAUGGGGUGGCAGUCUAUCUGCCUCUUUCUCGCUGAAGUCCUCCCGCAGAUCUGCGUAUUGUGGCGGCACCUCCCCUUUCCGCUCCACCGCCAUCCCAGCCACCCUGGCCACGGUCAUUCUUGGGGCUUCCCCCCCUAGACAGUGUUCCAGGCAGUAAGCUGACCCAAAGGUGACUGUCCUCUGAUGCCACGCCACCACUGGAUCAUGUUGUGCUAGCCAGCUCAUCCCUAAUAUUAUUGGGGGUCCUGCUAGCGAGGCGACGUGAAGGCGAUGGUCUCCGAGUGCCUGGACACCCUCAUUCUCAUUGGCGGGGUCUGGUGUGUCACUUCCCUCCUAGAAGCUCCCUGCCAUCAAUGGUGGUCACUUGCAAGGGAAAAUCCAAAGGCAGUAAGUGGAGCUGGUGCUCUAAUGCAAAGUCCUUGCUGAAGAAAUUACAUGAGCUGCCUGAAUCGAGCAUCCCUUUCACCUUGACUGGGUGCCCGUUCGGGAGUUCUAGCACCACUUCGAUGGCUAUUGCCGCCUUGGGGGGGUCUGGUUGGGGCACUUUUACUGGUGGCUGGCCUGGCUGUUGUGCCCCUUGAUUGGCAGCCAAGCGUUCCCGCUUCCCUGUUCCUGUUCCUUUACCACCUCCUCCUCACCCCCUGCGGUUCCCACCAUUCCUUGCCAAGCCUUUCUUUGAGGGCAGGCUCUGGCAAAAUGGCCUGGUCGCUGGCAAAGGUAACACUUCUUGGAGGUUUUCCAAUCCUUUCCCUCCUUCUUGCGCCCUCGCUGGUGCUUGAAACUUCCCGCGCGCGCGCCCCAUCUAUUUCCAUUGGCUCUGCUGGCGGGGAGGGCUGCCUUGGUAUUUCAGGAAUGCGGUAGUCAUGGCAACGUUGCUCUUCCCUUCCCGCCUCUCCUGGGCCCGCGCUCCUGGCGCACGCCAAUCGCAAGCACAGCCUUGGUCAGCUGAUCCAUCCCCUGUGGGCGGGGUGCGCGGGAAAGUUCAUCCUUAACCGUUGGGGACAACCCUCCUCGAAUAACAUCUGUAUGGGUUCGGAGCCCAGUUCCCACCCGAGGCGGUGAACUAUCAUGGCAAAGCGCGACCAGUAGUCCCUAACUGACUGGCUCCCUGUUUACAGUUCAUCAAUUCCCGCUUUGUCACACUUUUUGAACAUCAGUGGAAAACAUCGCGUCCAUCGCUUGGAAGAAUUUCCUCAGGUCCUGCAUGGCGGCAUUCUGCGUCGCCAUAAGGGGUCUGACCCAUUCCCUGGCCCCGUCCUGCAGGUGACCCACAACAUAUGCCACCCGCGCCGCGUCGUCUUCAAAAUCGUUAUGCUGCAAUUCCAAUGCGUACUCUAUUUCCGUUCAAAACGCACUGUAUUCUUGCGGCUUCCCCAAAGUUGUGCACCAGUCCCGGUACCUUCCUUGCUAUGGGGGUGGGUCUGACCUGUGCAUCUUGAGACCGCCUUUCGUCCAGCCGCGCCGUCAGAAUGGCCACAUGCUGCUCCAAAUCUCGGUUCCUCUCCACCAGCGUUUGCCCUCCAGCUGCUCCCCCCUGGGUGCCUGCUUCUCCGGGCUUGCUCAUGAUGCUGCCUGCCUGCUGCUGCGCACGAGCAACUUUUCAGGGACUGACGGAUUGCUGUGAUGAGUAUGAGUUACUCGUGCGUAAACUGGUGCCUCUCUAGGCUAAUUUGCCUUGUUAAACCUUUCUGACUGCACAGCCCUUUCUCAUCAUGACUGUCUCAGUCACUAGCAGAAUCCGUCAGUGGGCGUCUCUUGAAUAUCUUCCAACAUAAGAGUUGUUUGAACCCAAUCUCCUCCGCCUCUCACUGCGCGGGAGCCUUCUGCGCAGGGUGGGCGUAGGUAGCGGGGGACCUGUCCCCUCCUCACUGAGUUCCAGUGAAGAGUCCGUGAGCCCUCUCUCCGAUUUCCCCAUCUGCUCACUUUUGUUCCUGGUGUUGCGCUUAAAUGCUUCCCCCUCCACUGAGUUGCUUCUCCCCCUGCUGCUGGGUCCUUCUCCAGCAUCAUCUAGGAGCCUCCCCUUCGCCUCCCGCUCUGAUGUCAGUUCCCUGACAGUGAGUUUUCAUGUGGUAUGUUAAAUUUAGACCCAGAAUUGAACAUGAGUCUUUUCAAAUUCCUGGAUCCAGCAAGAGUUAAAAUCUAAUGGAGGAUCCCAUGUUGAGUUAGCCAAGCAGGGGCCAUAAUGGCUGCUUACCCAGUCCAGGGGUGGGCAGCGGUUGCAGUUCAUUAUGUCCGGUGAGUGGGACCGCAGUGGCCCCUAAGUAUAGGUCAUUAGUUUUGUUGGCAUCCCUCUGUCUUGGGAGACAAUGGAAGAGUGCAGAAUGUGGAGAACUGAAUUUAAGACUGAAAACAUGAGAAACUGAGAGAACCGAAAGUGACAGUUCGUUCCAUCACUACCUGUAAAUGUGUUUUCAUUAAAGCUGCCUCAGCUGCCGGCUAUGUAAAAAUAAACCAUCUUUUAUUCACAGGUUAUUUGUGCGAACCAUAUAACAACCCUGCUGAUUUUUUUUUGGACAUCAUUAAUGAAGAUUCAACUGCUGUUGGAAUGAGUAAAAUGACCAUCAUUACUAUACGUAUGUAUUCUGAAAGUCUUCAGAGUUACCGUACCUUGAUGAAUUUGUGUGUAUCAGCACCAAACCACUUCUCUCUGUGGUUUUUUUAAAGUACUUAUCCAUUUGGCCCUAAAAUGUGAUAGGAGGUUCUACUUUUUUGUCAAAAUCCCACCCAUCCCCACCCAUAGAAUUGGCAGAGUUACUAGACCAGAUUUAAGUAGCUUCUGGUCUAAUCAAUCACAACCCUAAGACAAUAUUGGGCUGCAUGCACACUGUUCAUUUAUAUUACAUUUUAAGCACAUCACUUCCCCCAACAAAUUGUGGGUCAUACAGUUUACCUCUCACAGAGCUAUGAUUCUCAUCUCCCUUAACAAACUGAAGUUCCCAGGAUUCUUUGGGGGAAGUCAUGUAUGUUAAAUGUGCCUUAAAAGUAUGGUAUGUAUGCAGCCUUAGAGAGUAUUCCUAACUGUCCAGAUCCUCUGGCUGGAGUGCUUUCAGUUUGGGGCAGAGGUGCUUCUCCACCUGUGUGGAGCAGCUCUGCUAGCAACAGGAGGACUGGGGAAACAAUUAUGCCCAUAGAAAGAUCUGUGGGCAUAGAACUACCACCAGCAGUAUUUUUGCUAGCCGUAGACUGUGAAACGCAGCAUUUCAGUGUUCACCCAGAAGUAGCUUUGGAUCUGUUGCAAGAUGGUCAGUCUGUACACAACCUAAGAUAGUUCAGAGUACACAAACUGUGAUUUAAUUUGCACCUGUUGCUUAUUUGCAAAGGAGUAACCUCAGUUUUCAUUAUCAUCCAAAACAGCCAUUGAUGAAGACAAUGACAUGGAAGACACUGACAGCAUUGCAUUAGGAUUAGCCAUACGCUUUACCAGAAGUGCUUACUACAAACAAAUGAUGGCAGACCUCGAUGCACUAUCUUCGGACGAUAAAAAGAAGACGACAGCUUAUAAAGGAAUUCCGUACACCACACCCUUUCUUCAUCAGCUCAAAUGGGUGUCCAAACGCACAUUCAAAAAUCUGAUUGGAAAUCCACAAAAUUCCACUGCCCAGGUAUCCCAAAUUAACCUCUUUUUUGGCGGGGGAGAUCAAUGUUACUAGGAAGCUAUGCGGGCUAUUUAAAAAUGAAUUUAAUUUAAAUAACAAAGAGCUAUAGGAAUCGUUACAUUUUAUAUACUGUGGGAUGAUGUCAGGGUGGGUGUUGGGAGCAGGACAAACAUAACUUACAUGGUGUCAGUGAAGUGAACCAUUCAAAGAAACAAAAUAGUUCAGGCCUAGUGAGCACAGCAACACUUCCCAGCAGAUCUUGCCCCAAGCAGGCAGUUGUGAGGACUGAAGGUCCCUACCUUUCCAUAGCUCUCUAAGUCUCCUUCUCCCUUGGCUCCUUCCCAAGCACUCUGAGACUCCUUUGCCUUGACUGUCUUGGCUCCGCCCUCUUCAUACCUCUUUGGGUUCUGGGAGACCAGGGGAGAAGGGAGCUGGUCACAGCAGAGGGAGAGACUCCCUGGCUUCUUCAGCAGCCUGCCUCAUCUCUGCCUCUUGGCCUCCAUCCUCUGCUUCUGCCUCUGGUUCUGGCCUGCUCUCUGCCACAGCCCCUUCCUGCUCACUAAACCCUGUUACCUCUUCGGCUUCCGACUCUGACUCCUCCUCCCAGUCAGCUCCCUUUUCUCCCUCUGACCACUCAUUGUUGUCCCACCACCAAUGCCCAGGUUCCCAGCCUUCUUCCCUUGGGGGUUCCCCACUGGUGGCUCCUGCCGCUCCUCUGCGUCCAACCACUCCAUCACACCUGAACCGUAUGUGUCCUCUUCUUCCCCUGGGAAGCACAUUUCAAGCACACGCCUGUACUAGAAACAUCCACAAGUUGAAUGUGACAGAAAUGAUGAGGGACAGGCAUGGGCAGAGCUAACAUUGUCGUCCCUGCUGUCCUCCUCAUUGAUUUUCUGAACACUGGGUCAUGAUGUCUGAAGAGAGCCGUAGAAAACAGCAAACAACAAUGUAUUGCUGUUCCAGCAGGUAUUCUGUCCAAAGGGCUCUUUGAGUUUUCCUCUCAGACAGUGUGCCCAUUCCUUUCGCUAUGACCUCCACUUCUGCUGCAAAUUUGUCAAGAAUUCUGCAGCGGUUUUCAAAGAUACAUAGUGAUUGCUAAUCAUCUGUUCAGAGGCCAUGAAGUUAAAAGCUUUGUGUGUGUAUGUUGAUAUUAUGGGGAUCCCUAUUAAUUGCUUUGUAAAAGCUUGACCUUGUGACAAGAAUUAGGAUUUUAAGAACCUAUAAUCUUCCAGGGUUAAUGGGCCUGACUUUUUUCUCACAAUCAUUUCUAUCUCCCUAACCUCAUUAGGGAUGGAUUUUGAAUGCAUUCUUAAAAAGACUCCACAUUUCAUUAAGCCUUUUUUUUCUUUUUUGGUAAUCUUCUUAAAUUGGUCUUGAUAUGAUCUUUGUUUCCCACUUCAACUGGCUUAGCAGUAGAAUUAUCCCUGACAUUUGGUCCUUUCAACAAGUCCUUAGCACUACGGUACCAUGUAUCAAGUGCACUUUUAGUGUUAAGGCUCAGGCAAUCCCUCCUGCUUAAACACGACUGAACAGGCUGUUACCGUCAUCUUGGCUGAGAUUUUCAUCACUUUUGCUUGUUCUUAAGAAAGCAAAGCAUAGUUUUUAAUCAGUUUGAUCAUUGUCCUCUCCCUCCUUCUCUCUGUAUAUUUCAUAUAGAGAGAGAUACAAAUAAAUAUAUGUGUGCAUGUGUGUGUGUGUAAAUUGGCUGGGCAAUUUUAUUGCUCUGUAUAAAUGUGUUUAAAGGGACAUGGGUGGCGCUGUGGUCCAAACCACUGAACUUCUUGGGUUUGCCGAUCAGAAGGUUGGCAGUUCGAAUCCCCGUGAUGCGUUGAGUUCCUGUUGCUUGGUCCCAGCUCCUGCCAACCUAGCAUUUUGAAAGCAUGCCAAAAAAGUGCAAGUAGAUAAAUAGGUACCGCUCUGGUGGGAAGGUCAAUGGCGUUUCUGCGCGCUGCUCUGGUUUCGGUGUUCCGUUGUGCCAGAAGUGGCUUAGUCAUGCUGGCCACAUGACCUGGAAAAACUGCCUGCGGACAAACGCCAGCUCCCUCAGCCUGUAAAGCGAAAUGAGUGCCGCAACCCCAGAGGCGUCUGCGACUGGACUUAACUGUCAGGGGUCCUUUACCUUUAUAAAUGUGUGUAACAAUACCUGGUUUGUUCCAAAAUCUGGCAGAGUUUAAACACAUCUCUGUUGGAUUUUACCUUGUAAACAUUUAGUAGAAUGUUUUCUUUUCAAAUUCAAUUUGAGUCGUUCAAGUUGUUAUUAUUUCUAAUAGCAUUUUAAAGCAAACAUUAUUUUACAAAAGGGUGGGGGUUGCAUAGAAUUCAAGAAAUAAAAGAAAGAAUAAAAUUCAGUUAAAGAACCAGUAUUAAUAUUUAAUGCAGUGGAUGUGCUUUCUCUUGUUUUCAAUCCCAAAUCCAUAGACAUGCUGUGGGCCAUGUGAAUGAAAUGUGGGCCACUGGUGGUCUACAGACCACAGUCUGGGAACCCUGUUCUAUGUUACAGUGAAGGUCCAAAGCCCAUUUUUAUAAGUUACCUACAGUGAUAUGGUUACUUCUUCUUUUGUGGUUUCUCCUAUGCCAAAGUAUGAUUUGUAUCCAGCAUUUACCGGUACUUAGAAAAGACUGCUUGAAACGAAUGGGAAUUAUUAACUUGGGUCUGAUUUCUGUGGAUCUGCUCAGCUGGAUACAUAGUUGGAUACAACCCUAUGUUCUAGGACUAGUAUUGCCAGGCAUGACCAGAGUGGUAUAUCAACACACAUCCUUCCCUAACAAAGUGCAGUGCUCAUCAUCACAGCAGGAGAGCAACUUAAUAGAUAACAGUUAUUAUACUUUCACGAAGUCCACUAUUUUUCAAAAGUUUCCUUCUGCUCCUCACUCCUCCCUGCCCAAGACAGCAUGUUUUCAAUAUGAAAUAUUCUUUCCCCGCACUAGAUAUGUAUUGCCACUUUUCUGGGACUAAUAGUAGGAUCCGUAUUCGCUGGAGUUAAAAAUGAUGCCACUGGCAUUCAAAAUAGGUGAGUAAACGCUUCAAAAAAAGAGAAUGCAAUGUAGCAUCAUCUUCAGCUAGUAUUUAUGUGCAGAAAAGUUUAGGUAACAAAUUACUUUAGGACAUAUUUUAUGCAGCAGUCUCCAAUAUAUUUGCUUAAAGUUUUAUUUAACCAUGGGACAGGGGAAGGUAAUUUCCCCAAGCUCUACCCAAGGCUUUUUUUCCCUUUUAGAAAAAGUCUGGUGUUGUCUGAUUCUAUCUGAGAAGGGCUUCCUAGAGUUCACAAAUCUUUAGCAAAGCUGAGUCACCCAAUUCAAAGAAUUUGUUUCUCCCAUCUAAGGAUGAGGGAGAAAUUUGUUUUUUUAUGCAUUUUCUUGUGAAACUACCUAAUCUGCACCUAAACCAGAAAGCCAACUGAAGGACGGUUGUCUUUCAAAAUUUGCACUUCUCCAAAUUUUGCAGUGCAGUUCUAAAGCUGCAGUUCAGUUUUGCUCCGACUAAACAGUGUGCACAAAAAUAUAUUAGAAGAAAUAACGUACGAAACUAAAUUAUAUCGGGAAAUUGCUUGCAGAGAUGCAUAUUUUAGAAGAAAUCCACACAAAAAUACGUGAGGCUUUUUGCACAAUUUUUUUUUUUAAAUUGUAGAUUGUUGCAGAAAUUAAUCUGUGCCUUGGUAUCUCUAAUUCUGUCUUUUUUGGGUUCUCUUGUAGAGUUGGUGCUUUGUUCUUCUUGACGACCAAUCAGUGUUUGAAUAGUAUUACGACUGUUGAACUUUUUAUCACAGAAAAAAGGAUAUUUAUGUAGGUAAAACUGUAUUGGAAAACCAAGCUUACUCUUCUGCUAGUAGCCUUAUUUGCUUACCUGUUCUUUGGUUGAGUAACUCAUCAGUCAGUUCCACCUAUGGAGCCCAUGCUCACGGCCAUUUUGCCACACAUAUCAGCCCCUGGUUAUGAUAAAAGCCUUCUCUUCAUUUGGUAAGGAGAUACAGAUGGCCAAGCUGUCCUGGCUGAGAGCGCUCAGUCUGAAUUAAAGUUUGGCUAUCUGUAUGGGCUCCGGGUUUAGGGAGAAAGAAUUCUCUAAAAUAAGGGUGAGAAGCUUUUUCCAAUCCAAGGACCACAUUCUCUUCUGGGCAACCAUGCAAGUGUCACAUGUCCAUGGUGAGUAGGGCCUGGGCAAAAGUGGGAGGAGCAAGAAUUUGACCAUUGUAAACAUAGACUAGUUUCUACACACCUUUCUCUGUCCUCCAACCAGACAAGCAAGAGGCAUCAUCGCAAUUCAAAGACACAUUUCAGCCAGGAAGAACCAGAUAUUGCCUGAGAAGAGGGUGUGUGACCUGGAGAAAGUAUUAAGGGCCAGAAAAAGGAGCCUUGAGGGCUGCCACAUCCAGCCCUGCUCUAUAGCCUCAGUUUUGGCACCUAAGGAAUAUGUGAAUGUUGAGCCCAUAUUCCAUUUCAGCGAAUACUAGCUCAGCAGUUGCAUGCUGGAUGCAUUGUGGACCUGGGUAGAGCAAGCAUACUUUCAUUAAAGCUUCAGGGGCCCUAGCUAAGUGGCAGAAUAUGUGCUUUGCAUGUUGCAGAGUAGUGACCUCAUAUAAUCAUAGAGCUGUAGAGUUGGAAGGGAUCCCGAGGAUCAUCUAGUCCAAUCCCCUGCAAUGAUAGAAUCUUGCCCUUGGUGGGCUAGAACCACCAACCUCCUGGUUAACAGCCAGACACAUUGAUCCAUUGUGCCACAGGGAAGACCAAGGACAGGACAUGUUGCCUGAAUAAUCCUGGCACCAUCUGGACACCAUGCUCUUUCUGUUCUUGACAGUAAAGCUGAAUGUGAUUAUAUUGGGUAAAUCUUUCAUAAAGCACUUUUGACACCCUCACAAGUCUAUAAAGCAGGACAUAACUGUUUUAAAUAAGCUUCUGGGAAAUGUCUGGUACUAGUUUGAAAACUGGAUUGAAAACUGCUGCCAUUUAUGAAUCCAUUUGUUGGUUGUGCAAGUCCUGAAUGUGUGUAUUUUGUGUUGCAGACAUGAAUAUAUAAGUGGCUACUAUAGAGUUUCUGCAUAUUUCUUCUCAAAGAUAUUAGCUGAUAUGGUGCCCAUGAGGACUUUACCUGGCAUCAUCCUCACUUCCUUAAAUUAUUUCUUGAUAGGCAAGUAUACUACAAAAGUCAUGUUUCUUUUUUCCUUAAUUUAGAUAUUAGAUGGUGGCAGGCAGAUUGCUUGUUGCAUAUCACUGUUGUUGAAAAGCACAAUAUGCUUAUUUCGCCACUUAAAACCAUGUGUGUAUUCAGACACACCCUCCCGUACCAGCAACUGGGGAAGUGGACUUGAUACGAGCAAUGUUUAUGCCAUAAAAAAAUUUAGUUAGUCUUUAAGGUGUCACAAAUGCAUUGGUUGUUUUGCCGUAGGAGACUAACAUGUAUGUUCCUCUGGAAAUAAAUAGUAAAGUUAUUGUUUUCCUUUUGUCGACCAAAUCUCACUUUUGAUGUAAAAUAUAUAAUAGGUUGAUUCUAAAUUAGCAAUAAUAUAAAACACAUACCCAAUGCUUGAGGUGGGGUAGGAGAGACCUGCUAACUCCUAUAUCUUGGCAGCCCCCUCAAGCACUGUGUAUGGGCUUGUGGAUUUCAUUAAGACCCACUCACCCCAGAAUUAGGGUGGUUAAAGCAGAAAGGGAUAGCAAAAAGCUCCAAAAAGUUCUCCUGAGCUAGGGGACUGAGCAUUGAAAGGUUAAACACAGCUCUUAUGCAUUUAUGAAAGUGAUGCACACUGGACUCCAAAUACAAAGGUCACAUAUACAUAGAUGUGAUCUGAGUGGACAGUGAUUGACCAGGCUAUCAGUCUUGGGGUUGUGGUGGAGAGCUGGAUGAAAAUGUUGACCCAAAGUGCAGCUGCUGCAAAAAAGGCAAAUUCUUGGCUUUUCAGGUAACAAGAUCAUAGAACAUUGUAUUCUGUGUUCUGUUUACAAUACAUGCAAGGACCAAAAGCAUCACAGUCAACAAUGCUCUUUAUUGACAAAUAAAACCAGCUCUGAUAUUAAGGCUGACAUGCUAGUGCAAAGCUGCAUGUGUGUACAGUUUUGCUCAUGGGGAAGCCUGCAUUGCAAAAUUUUGAUGCCGAGUAUGUACAUCUACAGUGGUACCUUGGUUCUCAAAUUUAAUCCAUUCUGGGAGUCUGUUUGACUCCCGAAACACUUUGAAAACCAAGGCGUGGCUUCUGAUUGGUUGCAGGAGCUUCCUGCACUCAAUCAGAAACUGCGGAAUCCACAUUGGACAUUCAGCUUCCAAAAAACGUUUGCAAAUCGGAACACUCAUUUCCGGAUUUGCAGUGUUUGGGAGCCAAUUUGUUUGUGAGCCAAGCCGUUCGACUACCAAGGUACCACUGUGUUAACAUUUUUAAUUUGUUUCAGGUUUCAAGCCAACUGUGGCAGCCUUCUUUACCAUGAUGAUUACUGUUAUAUUAGUUGCCUACGCAGCCAGUUCCAUGUCUCUGGCAAUAGCAACAGGGCAAAACGUCACGUCGGUUGCAAACCUCAUCAUAAAUAUUUGCUUUGUUUUUAUGAUUGUGAGUUUUGGUUGAUUCUUCUCUUUCCCCUCCUCCUUUGGUGGGUGGGAAUGUUUAGACAGAUAUUAUGCAAAAAGGCCACAUUGCCACAUUUCAGACACCGCCCAAAGUUCUAUCACAUGAACGGGACGAUUCAUAGGGGAGCAAGUUUGCCUUCAGGGACGCGGGUGGUGCUGUGGUCUAAACCACUGAGCCUAGGGCUUGCCGAUCAGAAGGUUGGCGGUUCAGAUCCCUGCGAUGGAGUGAGCGCCCGUUGCUCGGUUCCAGCUCCUGCCAACCUAGCAGUUCGAAAGCACGUCAAAGUGCAAGUAGAUAAAUAGGUACUGCUCCGGCAGGAAGGUAAAUGGCAUUUCUGUGCGCUGCUCUGGUUUCGCCAGAAGCGGCUUAGUCAUGCUGGCCACAUGACCUGGAAAAACUGUCUGCGGACAAAUGUCGGCUCUCUCGGCCAGUAAAGCGAGAUGAGUGCCGCAACCCCAGUCGUUUGUGACUGGACUUAACUGUCAGGGGUCUUUUACCUUUACCUUUUAAAGUUUGCCUUCAAUGGUUGUAAGACUCCUAGAUAGUGCCCGUUUGGGGUGAAGUCAAACUGUGAAAAGUUAGAGCACUUGCUGUGGCUGUUGAGACAGGUAUGAGAGACAUGGUUUUUUGCAGCUGUGGCAGAUGAAGGCAUCCAGUUGUGCUGCUGCAGAUGCACCACAGGGUUUCUUAUCUCUGCUAUCCUCCCAGUGGUCAUUCCUGUUCUGGCCACUGCUAUGGAUGUGCAACCUGUCUGUCUGUCUCCUGCUAUGGAUGUGCAACCUGUCUGUCUGUCUGUCUCCAGGCUCUGUGGUCGUCUGCAAGGGAUUCCCACACAGUGGGGUUGAUGUUGCCAGCCUUCAUGCCAUGUUUACAGACAUAAUGGGAGUUGCAAAGAUGGUGCCCUAUCUAAGACUCUUUAUCCCAUAGAAAACGAAUAGCCAUUCAUUCCCGCAGGAGAAAUGUCUGCCAUUAAACUAACUUACGAUGCACCCCUGAAAUGGGGGCGGUGAAUAAAAAACACACACAGUUUGCUGAACUUCAAAAAGUACAUGCUUACUGAUGAUGGGUGCUCCAGAGGAAUAACGUCUCGGUAAACAUGAAAUCCACAAAACCACUUUGUAUAUUUCACGGCGAUGAGAAUGAAUUCUGGAAAUGGCUGAAAUCCUUUAAGAGCUCUGGGUGAAAUUUUCUUCUGUCAGUUUGACUUUCCCCUGUCUUUUAAAACUACUAUUACCAUUUGUAGGUUUUCUCUGGCUUGCUGGUGAACAUCACAACCAUUUCACCUUGGUUGCUGUGGCUGAAGUAUUUCAGUAUCCCGCGCUAUGGCCUGAAUGUAGGUAUCAGCCUUUCCCCCUUUCUUCUUUAGAAAUGGUUCUGGAAGUUUAGAACUCGCCACCAGCUAUCAUAACCCUGGCUACAAAUUCAUAUAACUGACCAGAGAAGGCUAUCGUUCCCCUCAACAUUGACUCUGGUUUUUUUCAAAUUUUAAAUACUUCUUAAACACCCAAACUUCUAAGCAGUUUACAUAAAAUACGGUACGAUAAGUUCUCUUAAGGCUGCACCAUAUGUGCAGGUGUUUAAUAAAAACAUGUUUGCUCGCUUAGCAAACACAUUUUAAUUAAACGCCACAUGUUACUUUCGCUAAUUUUAAAUGCAGGCAUUAAAAUGCCAUUGUGUGGGACCAAUCUGGAUUAGGACCCUAGUGUGGCAGGUGUGGCAACAACAACAACAAUGGCAUUGAUGUACCUUCAGUGAUUUCUGCUCUUGGAGAAAUAUUAAGAGUCCCUUCUCAUUUCAUCAAGCAACUGCCUGGAUGAUGGCUCUGUUAUACCUGGUUUGGGAAUGGACGAAGGCUGUUUCCGAUGGUGGAAGUGCAGGCCUGCCCCCUUUCUCAUUUACUACAAAGAAGACCCCACAUAUUAAGCAUUUGCCAUACACUGGUUACUGAAUGUGUGAACUGGGCACAAGCACACUUUCCACGUCCUUUUCUUUUAAAUGAGAGGGUGAAUUAUGUGAAUUGGACACCACUACAUGAUGAGCGGUGGGAACGAAAAACACCCCACCCCUUUUGGACCUGUGACUUGAGAUCACAAGACAAAACGAAAGUGUGGAAAAGUGAUCUCACAGUGACAUCUAGUGAUAUAGUCUGUGAACUGCACAGUGCUGCCUGUUAACUCUCUUAUGUAUUGGCGUACAUUAAUUAGAAUCAAAUAUCCCUCUCCCCCGCCCACAUUGUUAGUUUGAUGUGAAUGAUUUUUGGACUAGGGGGAGAUUGAGAUUUUGUUCAUUUUUGUUCAUUUGUUAAUUAGUGGGUCUGAGUAUUGCUUUAUUCUUUGAGCAUGGCUUUUUUAUAAAAGGAUUUUAUACGAAAUAUUAUUAUUUGAUUGCCCCCACUUCCCCCCGUGGUAAUAUAUACUGUAUAUCUUCCUUUUUUUGCUGUAAAUCACUUGGAGAACUUCAGUAAAUCUAAUAAAUGAAAUUAAAUGCAUAUAAAACUUCAGGUGAAAUAGCGUUUUCUGCUACAAAGGGUGUGUGUGAAUUGCAGGAUUUCUUAUGCAACAUUUUCCAGUUAUGUUCUUAAAAGCACCAAUUGAUCCUUGGUAUACUAACUUGUGGCAAAAAAUAGUGCUUGAAAGCAUGUGAGGCUGUUCAGACAGGUUGACUCUUAAUGCGCACAGCGACUGACAGCCAAACUGAGAAGCCUCAGCUACUUUUGGGAUCUCCACCAAUCUUGGAUAUUGAGAAGUAAAUAAAAUGUGUAAUGUUUUCAUAUCCUUAACAAGACUGAAAUUCUUCUUGUCAUUUUGCCUCUUCCUGUAGGUGUGAAAAUAUGGAAGUCUUCUUAGGUAACAACAGUAGAAACAAGCAAGUAAUUCAGUUUUGUUUGUCUUUAAAGGCUUUGCAAGUAAAUGAAUUUACCGGGCUUAAGUUUUGCUCAGAACUUGAACAAGGGGUCAACGUAACCUGCAUUGCUCCUAGUCCAUUUACUAUGUAAGUACUUGGCAUUUUGCAAAGAGUUGAGCUAUACAGUAAGCUAAAAAAAAAAGAUACCGGAGUUUAUUUAACAGUUACUCAGAGCUGAUUUCUUGCACAUUAGAAUUAACCAGGGAUGCAGGUGGCACUGUGGUCUAAACCACUGAGCCUCUUGGGCUUGCCGAUCAGAAGGUCGGCGGUUUGAACCCCCAUGACGGGAUGAGCUCCCGUUGCUCUGUCCCAGCUCCUGCCGUCCUAGCAGUUCGAAAGUACACCAGUACAAGUAGAUAAAUAGGUACUGCUGUGGCGGGAAGGUAAACGGCAUUUCCAUGUGCUCUGGUUUCUGUCACGGUGUUCCAUUGCACCAGAAGUGGUUUAGUCAUACUGGCCACAAGACCCGGAAAGCUGUCUGUGGACAAACGCUGGCCCCCUUGGCGUGAAAGCGAAUGAGCGCCGCAACCCCAUAGUCGCCUUUGACUGGACUUAACUGUCCAGGGGUCCUUUACCUUUUUAACUAGAAUUAAACCAAGAAGAGCCCACUGGAUCUGGCCAAUGGCUCUUCUAGCAAUCUCCUCCUCUGGUUUUCAGCAACUGGUAUUCAGAAGCAUACUGCCUCCAACAGUGUAACACACUCACUAAAUAGAGCCUAAGCAUAACAUCCCCAACCCCCAUUCCUGAAUAUUUGACCCUUUGCAAAAAGCAACAAAUAGCAAGAGGCAACUGCUCUUCUGCCCUUACCUCACCUCCCAACUUCAAGCCUUAAAAAAAAUAAAAAAUCAUUCUUUGAAGAUGGCUUGCUCCUUUCUCUAAUGGUGGAGUGCACAAUACUAUGCCUUAUUUAAAAAACAACAACUAUCUCCUAUAGUAUUAUUUCCUCAGCCCACCUCCAUUUACAAGGGAGUUGGAGAGCACAAUACAGUGGUACCUUGGUUUAAGAACUUAAUUCAUUCUGGAGGUCUGUUCUUAACCUGAAACUGUUCUUAACCUGAAGCACCACUUUAGCUAAUGGGGCCUCCUGCCUCCACUGCACAAUUUCUGUUCUCAUCCUGAAGCAAAGUUCUUAACCCGAGGUAAUAUUUCUGGGUUAGCAGAGUCUGUAACCUGAAGUGUAUGUAACCCGAGGUACCACUGUAUUGGCACUGGGCUCGGAACUCAGCCACUAAAGCACCAAGGAUGAGAUGGGUUUACAAACUGGGUUGCAUACAGCUGUGUUCCUCUGCUCACGGAAGGCUCUUCACUCCAGUGGAAGCUUGUGAACAGAAGAUUUUUGCCACCUUCCUCUGCAGGGAUGCUUUGGAAUAGCAUGGCAGAGCCUCUGCAAAGAACUGCAGGAGAAAGAAGAAAUUUGUAAACAUUGCCUGCUCCCUUUCCACCCAUGGAGCCAUGCAUGAACAGAGGCGGCACAGCUGGAUAUAACCCAGCAUCUAUAAAAGUCCAAAGGUGAAAGGUGAUGUGGCCAGUUAUGGGAGAGAAGAGAUCCUAGAAGUGGGCUGUGGUGGAGUGGAGAGGAAGGCUUCACUGUAUUAAUCUUAGAGUAGGGUGUGUGUGUGUAUGUGUGGAGUGUCUGUGUCAUCCUCUAUCAACUAAUAGCAGUGUCUUCUUUGUAUUCCAUCUUUUGUUGUCAUACGUCUGACUUAUACAGUGGUACCUCUGGUUGCGAACGGGAUCUAUUCUGGAGGCCCGUUUGCAACCUGAAAAGAACGCAACCUGUGCCUGCGCGGGUCGCGAUUCGCCGCGUCUGUGCAUGCGCGUGACGUCAUUUUGCGCAUCUACGCAUGCGCGAGCGGCAAAACCCGGAAGUAACCCUUUCCGGUACUUCCGGGUCGCCGCGGGACGCAACCUGAAGCAAACGUAACAUGAGGUAUGACUGUAUUAAGAAACAGCAUUGAGAGUAAAACAAGAAAACUAGGUAAAAUUAGGGACAAUGCAUUUCUAACAAAACUUCUGCCUUUAACCUGUGUUUUCUAGAUGCACUGGAGAAGAAUAUCUGAAGAUGCAAGGCAUUGACAUGACUUUCUUGGGCAUGGUGAAGAAUUACGUGGCUCUUAUAUGCAUGACAAUCAUUUUCCUCUCUAUCGCGUACCUGAAAUUGAGAUUUAUUAAGAAGUAUACUUAAUCGAGCAAGGCACGCGUGCCUACUGAACACUACAGUGUAUUUUUAUGGUAAACAUGUAAUAUAUGUAAAGUAUACAGCUGAUUUAUAAAACUUUUCUUUCUUUCUUUUCUUUCUUUCAAGAGAGAGAGUGGAAGGAAAGUGGCCAUUGUGCCAAUUGGAACUUUCCUCCCGUUAGCAAUUAGCAAAUAGCCAGGGAUUCUGAAUGGGGAAAUGGGUGUGGCAAAGCACCCUCCCCCAUGGUCCUAACCUGGCCUGUGACCUCCCCCACCAGUGCCAUCUACAUAUAAAACUAUAUGUAUUUAUCAUCUACAAUGUCACAUUUAAAUUGGCCUUGUCCUUCCAAACAGUGGUUAAGGUGGUCAAUGUCUUGCCCAUACAAAAUCAAACCAGAGGUGGGAGCUCACAUGGUGGGAUAUAAAUCUGCUCCUUGCGCAAACAGAGACGUUUGCUUUAGUUCAAGAUCCAUGGAUUGAGUUGAACUGGGUCAAGAGACCACCUAUUCCUACAACCGGCCCACAGAACUAAAUUGAAACCCAGCCUGUUUCCCCCCACCUAAUAACACACACAAACUACUGCAAACCAUAUAAAGUCUUUAUUUAAAGUGGGGAGGUGGUCACUAUUAAACCAAUACAUCUUUGACCACAAUGGAAGACUUGGAUAACUAAUAACUUUCCAACACACCUUUGCUAUUAAGACAUUAACCUAAAAACAGGGGGUAACUCACGCUUCCAUUGUGUGAAACAAAAGGGAUACAAAAACAGGUAGCUUCGCUGUCAUACACUAAAUGUAUGUACGUUGUCAGUAUGCAUGGAUAACCCAUGAAAUCUUAUUGCACUUCAAAAUGAAGUUUGUUAUUAAGUAACAACAUGUUACAACAAUAUAUAUAAACAUAUAUAUUAAUAUAUAUAAACAAAUAUGAUUAUGAAUGCAAACAUUUUGGUUUUUAUAGCAACGCUGCAAAUGUAAGAUAUAAUGAUUGUGAUGGCUGUAAAUACAAACAGGAAGACACAACUUUUGAAACAAGCACGCCAAGGCGUGUUGCAAUGGCAGCUUCCCACUCUGCGGCUUGGCAUCUGCGACAGCAUGGCACGAAAGAUCUGGGAUGCCAUUAGCACUACUGUGAGAAAUCCCUGUGGACUGAAGCACCCUCUUGAAGACAUCUAGCCCCCAGCAACAAAGCCAACUGAAUGUGUCCCUAUGAGUCAUACUGUCACACAGGUUGUUGUUUUGGAAAUGCACCACAUAAAAUCUUUCAGAAAUCUAAAAGACUCUGACUUGCUGACUUUUGUGCUCUUGCAACAUCACUAAAUGACCUUUCAGGGGUUUUUU